AUGGAUUUUGUGGAUGGAACACUUCCCAAACCUCCUACCACAGACCCCAAUAGCUCCUGGUCACGUUGCCAUAGUAUGGUCAUGUCCUGGAUCUUAAACUCCAUUUCCAAAGAAAUUAGAGAUUCUGUGAUGUACCUCAAGACCGUUCCUGCUAUAUGGCAAGACAUCACUGAUCGUUUCAGCGAAGAGAAUGGUCCUCGUAUCUUCGAACUCAAACAAGUUUUGCAAUUCCUAACUAGAUUAAAUGAUUGUUUUCAUUCCAUUAGAGGCCAAAUCCUUUUGAUUGAACCUUUUCUCUUUGUUGCUAAAGUUUUCUCUAUGGUAAUCCAUGAUGAACAACAACGCAAGAUUGGAACCACUGUUACUAACAAUCUUGUUGUUCCAACAAUUGCUCAAAAACCUCCAAAUCAACAUUCCAUUCUAUCACAGAAUCCUCUUCCUGCCUCCACUUCUUCAAUUGGUGCAGCACCACAGACCAAGAAACCAAGAUACACCUGUUCCCAUUGUCACAAACCCGGGCACCUUGUUGAGAAAUGCUACUUUCUUCAUGGGUUCCCCUUGGAUAUGGUGAUCGGCGAAAACAACAUGACAAAGCUCAAGCUUCUCAAGUCUCUAUUCCACAAGAAGAACCAACCAAGACAGCUGAUUUAA